UAUAGGCGUCCGGGACAUCCGUUUUCUGUCUAGCACAGACUGACUGUUCAGUCUCUUAUGCGGUGAUUUAAUUUUAUUUUGAAUUUUUAUUUUUUAAUGAAACCAUGCAUCCAGACUCCAGCACUGAGUUCGACUUAUCGUCCAGCUGUAGCACAGCAUCGCCUGGCGGGGACACCCCUGGGUGCAGUCAGCAUCCUCCUGACUCGCUUUCAUCAUCAGUGGACAGCACCAAGGAUACUGAGACCAGUGCAGCAGCCUCCUUUGUUCCGACUGUGACUGCAAUCUCAACAUCGCCAGAACUAAAGUGGAUUGUGCAGCCUACAGUCAUCACAUCUGCCUCUCCGUCGCCCUGCCGUGCAAAGCCCAAAACUCAUGCAGCGACCCAGUCGUCUUCCCGGCCAGGUGCAAACAAGGCGAGAGCCAGCAACAGGAAAGGGCCGAAAGAACAGCCUUCCAAAGAGGAGGAGGAAAGGAGGAGGAUCAGGAGGGAGAGGAACAAAAUUGCGGCAGCCAAGUGUCGUAACAGGCGGAGGGAGCUGAUAGAGACCCUUCAAGCUGAAACUGAUACUUUAGAAGAAGAAAAGUCCACCCUGGAGACAGAGAUUGCCAACCUGCUAAAGGAGAAAGAGAGACUAGAGCAUGUCUUAGCUUCUCACCAACCGUCCUGCAAACUCUCCUCAGAUGAUGACGGCAAUGGUGAUGAUGAUGAGGGGGAUGAUAAGGAAGAUGAUGUUGACACAAUGCUGCAGGAUCCACCGGACUCCCCGCAGCUGCUUUCCAUUUUAGAGAAUGGAAAAACCCCAGAGAGCAGCACAGCUGGAGAAGCCCAUAUUGGUCAAGACAUGAGUAGUGUCCCUUGCAUCCCUGCUGCAGCCAUCUUGGGAAACUCCAACAUCCUUUUGUGUUCCAGCGCAGAAGAGGAGGCUCUGGAGGAACUGAAAGGAGAUGACUUGGAUGACUUGGUGCCCAGCAUACAGAUGGAAGUGACGCCCGAGACGGCCGCAUCUGUCCCUGACAUACUACAGAGUACUGACCUGAGUGGGCCCUUCUGCCUCUCAGACUGGGAAACCCUGUACAAGUCCGUGGCAAGCGACCUUGAGUCUCUGAGCACCCCAGUCAUGUCUUCCAGUCCCACUUGUAGCAAUUACCGCACAGUGUUUUCCUUCAAUCACUCCGAGAUUGAUUCCCUGGCUGACGGUUCCGAGUGCCUCAAAGGCAGCCUCGGUGCAUCCGAGUUAAUGAAAGAUAGUCUUAACUCGCCCACACUCCUGGCCUUGUGAAUGCAAAGAAGUUAUGCAACAAUACUGUAUUCUAACCAGCCAGCAAGCUCCAGUCGCUCUCAAAUAACCUUUUGUAGUGUGAGUUUCGAUGUCGUGCAUAUACCUGAAAAUCAGAGAUUGUGUAGACGCAGUGUUUUUCUGUGACUGUAAACACGGUUGAGUUCUUCCAUGCUGUUGCUGCAGUUGUCUGAGAUGAGACCUUGUGCUAGUAAAAUGCAUGCAAAUA